UUUCUUUUUUGGUCGUGCGUAAAGCUUUGGCGCACAGCGCCUCGGAGACUGAAAAGGUGCGCUUCAAACUCGUCAAGCAUCAGAGCGCAGCGCCAGGAUGCAGAAACGGAGCGGCGACGUCUGAAGGUGACAUGAACCUGGGGAUAAUCAAGAGCAUCAUCCGCACGCAUAACGAGAAGUGGAGAUAGCAACUGAAAGCCGUCGUGUCUUGAAGCGAAACUUGCGCUUUUUCCCUGUGGCUUUAUCUCACGCUGAGAAUUAAGAGCGGCAGAACGCAGUAGCCUCGUUUUUUUACUGACUGGGACAAAAGAAGACAGAAAACACUAAUUAAUCAGAGGACAGUUUAGAAUCGACAGAGGAAAAAUGGCGACGUUAAUCAGAGGCAAGAUAUCUAAUAAACUGUCAAACGCAGCCACGGCCGUGUCCAACAAAUCCACAGCAAAGGUGAGCGGGAUGUUCGCAAGGAUGGGCUUCCAGGCCGCCACGGACGAGGAGGCUCUUGGCUUUGUCGCCUGCGACGACCUGGAUUAUGACCACCGUCAGGGCAUGCAGAUGGACAUCCUGUCCUCCGACGAGGUUGGAGGAGAAGGCGGCGGAGACGGUGGCGGGCUGGAGGGGGACAGCCACUACCAGAGAGACGGGACCGGUCCGCCGCUUUCUGCCUCCAAGGACGGGGGCUCGAACAACGAGUUGUCCGAAGUCAAACCAAAAAUCACCGCUUGGGAAGCGGGCUGGAACGUCACGAACGCAAUCCAGGGGAUGUUUGUUCUGGGCUUGCCCUACGCCAUCCUGCACGGAGGAUACCUCGGACUCUUUCUCAUUAUUUUCGCCGCCGUUGUGUGCUGCUACACGGGCAAAAUCCUCAUCGCCUGCCUGUACGAGGAGGACGAAGACGGGCAGCUCGUCCGUGUGAGGGACACCUAUGUGGACAUUGCCAACGCCUGCUGCGCGCCCAGGUUCCCCACGCUGGGCGGCCAUGUCGUGAAUGUAGCUCAAAUCAUAGAGCUGGUGAUGACUUGCAUCCUGUAUGUGGUGGUCAGCGGGAAUCUCAUGUACAACAGCUUCCCCAACACACCCAUCUCCCAGAAGUCGUGGGCCAUCAUCGCCACCGCCGCUCUGCUCCCCUGCGCCUUCCUCAAGAACCUGAAAGCCGUCUCCAAGUUCAGCUUGCUGUGCACAAUGGCACACUUCGUCAUCAACGUCCUGGUGAUAGCCUACUGCCUAUCCAGGGCGAGGGACUGGGCCUGGGACAAAGUCAAGUUUUACAUUGAUGUCAAGAAGUUCCCCAUCUCCAUUGGGAUUAUCGUGUUCAGCUACACCUCGCAGAUCUUCCUGCCGUCCCUGGAGGGCAACAUGCAGAAGCCCAGCGAGUUCCACUGCAUGAUGAAAUGGACUCACAUCGCUGCCUGCAUCCUCAAGGGCCUGUUCGCCUUGGUCGCCUAUCUGACCUGGGCCGACGAAACAAAGGAGGUGAUCACAGACAACCUGCCGCCAACCAUCCGAGCCGUGGUCAACCUCUUCCUGGUGGCCAAAGCUCUGCUGUCCUACCCGCUGCCCUUUUUCGCCGCCGUGGAGGUGUUGGAGAAAAGCUUCUUCCAGGACGGCGGCCGCGCCUUCUUUCCAGACUGCUACGGAGGCGACGGGCGCCUAAAGUCCUGGGGGCUGACUCUUCGAUGUGUACUUGUGGUGUUCACCCUGCUCAUGGCGAUCUAUGUGCCGCACUUUGCCCUGCUCAUGGGCCUCACCGGCAGCCUGACGGGCGCCGGGCUCUGCUUUCUGCUUCCCAGCAUCUUCCACCUCAAGCUCUUAUGGAGAAAGCUGCAGUGGCACCAGGUGUUCUUUGACGUCUCAAUCUUUGUAAUAGGAGGCAUAUGCAGCAUAUCCGGUUUCAUCCACUCCAUGGAGGGGCUCAUAGAGGCUUUCAAAUAUAACAUAGAAGAAUAGAGGCGAGCGAUGUUUGGAAGCACAGAUGCAUCUCAAUAAAUGAAAAUAUCAUCACCAUUACAUACAGAGUGAUACAUUUUAAAUGUUUGUUUCUAAUAAUUUUGAUGACUGUUGCCUACAGCUAUUUAAAAAAAAUCAGUUUCUUUGAUAAUUAAUUAAUCUUACAAAAGACAAUAAGAAACAGAUUUUUAAUACAGAAACGCUAUUUUAUUACUAUACAAUUCCCUACAAAGUCAUGGGGAAGAGUGCUGACUGGAGAGCUGACACCUUCAACAAGGGGAGUAAGUCAGAACUGGUAAUUACCAAAUAGGCUGGCUGUUCACAUGGUGCUGUUUAUAGGCAAAUACGUGGAAAGUUGAGAGGAAGGAAGAAACAAUGGAAGAAAAUAAAAGAAUUAGGGAACCUACCCAGUUGCUUAAGCACUUCAAAUUGUCAUCUCCAGGAUGAGUGAGAAUCCAAUCCAGACUAUGUCAGAACCAUCUUAGCUGAGGCAAGAAUAAAAACAGCUGGACUUAGCGGUCCAAUAUUCUUAUUCCAGAAAAAUAUUACAUUUAGCGUCUCAUUUAGAAAUCAGCCCAAUACUUUGGAGGUUGAGUGUACAAUCUUUGAAUCCAAGUUGAUUGAGGUCCCGUGUGAAAUCAUCACAUUCUGUGGUGAUUUAAUGGGCCAUGCCAUCUAUUGGCGACGGUCCGCUGUGUUUGAUCAAGUCCAAAGUCAG